AUGGAAAAAUACAUCUACACAAUUAGUAUGAAUGAGUUUGCUUCAAACUAUACUCCAUUGAAUCCAGAUGGUUUUGAUGCUAUAAAAUGCAAAAAAAUAGCAAGACAUUUGUACCCUCAUUUUUUACAACAGAGAUCUGAAGAAUUGGGCUUGUUUGUUGUUGAUGAAGAAGACAAUGAAACCCUGCUAAUGCACCGAAUUUGCUCUGAUGAUAUAUAUCGCAAACAAGAAGACACUAUACAUUCAUGGAGGGAUUCAGAGUUUUCAAGUGAAAUAACUCUUAGCUUUCAAGAAACCACAUGGUGCUCAUACAUAUGGUGCUUUCAUUGCAAAUACUAAAAUCCGUAUGGUAGCUUCUUGGGAACCUAUAGUCCUGGCAACAAUUAUUAUCCCCA